AUGCACUCUUCUCUUUACAUCCCCUCAACUUGCUCUCCCUCCCUCUUCUUCUAUCUCCCUCUCCUUCUCUCUCCCUCUCCUUCUCUCUCCCUCUCCCUGGCUUUCCCCAAUAAAAAAACCCUCUCUCUUACCCGCCGAUCUCCUUGUAUCUCUGAUCCAGCAGCUUGCUCUCAAUGUCCGCGAUAUCGCUCUCGACCUGCCGCAGCGCGUCCUUAG